GUGCCUGGCAGAUCCUUCUCCUGACCUUGCCAGUGAGAGAGACAGAGGACAGAGCCACGCUGUGUGUGUGUGUUUGUGUGUGUGUGUGUGUGUGGGAGAGACUUGUGCACGUGAGUGAGGCAGUGACGGAGCAGACCCAGUUUCUGCACUGCAGCUGCCUGGGAUGGUCCUGAAGGAAAUGAAGCUGCAAUAGCAGUGAACGAAAUCUGGUGCUGUGCCAGAGAGAGUGAGACAGGAAGUGAGACAGGAAGUGAGACAGGAGAGCAGCAGUGAGACAGAGAGUAGGACGAAGGAGAGGGAAUUUGGAUGUCAGCAGCAUGUGCGUGCUGCAGUGACCUGACACUGUGUGUUGGGACCACGUUGGGAUGAGAUGGGUGAUGGACAGGUUUUGGGGGAGGGGUGCCACCCUGAUGCCCUCUUUGACAGUUUUGUGCAGGCGUCGACAUGCAGGGAGACCCUGCGGGCGUUUCAGGAGCUCUGCACUGAGCUCCACCUGCAACCAGGAGAAAAUCCACAAUUCUACAAGACCCUGAGGUCCAGACUGCACUACUGGAGGGCCAAAGCUCUGUGGGCCAAGUUGGACAAACGAGCCAGUCAGAAAGAGUACCAGACUGGACAAGCUUGUUAUAACACUACAUGUUUGAUAAUAGGGGCAGGACCCUGUGGUCUACGCACGGCUAUCGAGCUGAGUUUUCUAGGGGCGAGAGUGGUGCUGGUGGAAAAGAGAGACACUUUCUCCCGGAAUAACGUCCUCCACCUGUGGCCUUUUACCAUCCAGGAUCUACGUGGCCUCGGAGCCAAGAAGUUCUAUGGAAAGUUCUGUGCAGGAGCGAUAGAUCACAUUAGUAUUCGUCAGCUGCAGCUUAUACUGCUGAAAGUUGCUCUACUUCUGGGUGUCGAGGUUCACGUGAAUGUGGAGUUUAAGAGUCUCAGAGAGCCUCCGGAGAACCAAGAACACCAAAGUGUUGGCUGGAGUGCUGAGGUUCAUCCCCCUGCACAUGAAGUAAAUAAGCUGCAGUUUGAUGUAGUUGUUGGGGCAGAUGGCAGGAGAAACACCUUACCGGGAUUUCGUAGGAAGGAGUUCCGGGGAAAACUGGCGAUAGCCAUUACAGCAAAUUUCAUCAACCGUAACACCACAGCAGAGGCCAAGGUGGAGGAGAUCAGCGGCGUGGCUUUUAUUUUCAACCAGAGGUUCUUCCAGGAGCUGCGCAAUGACACCGGCAUCGACCUGGAGAACAUCGUCUACUAUAAGGAUGACACUCAUUACUUUGUCAUGACAGCUAAGAAACAGAGUCUGCUCGAGAAAGGAGUCAUACUGCAAGAUCAUGCAGACACAGAGGUUUUGCUGUCCAGGGACAACGUAGACCAGAAUGCCCUGCUGGUGUAUGCACGGGAGGCUGCAGACUUCUCCACCAAUCAUCAGCUGCCGACUCUAGACUUUGCCAUGAACCAUUACGGGCAGCCGGAUGUGGCUAUGUUUGACUUCACAUGCAUGUACGCGACAGAAAACGCAGCCCUCGUGCGGCAGCGCAGGGGACAUCGACUGCUGGUGGCGCUGGUGGGAGACAGUCUGCUGGAACCGUUCUGGCCGAUGGGGACAGGCAUUGCCCGUGGCUUCCUGGCUGCGAUGGAUACAGCAUGGAUGGUUCGGAAUUGGGGACUGAAACAGGACCCUUUAGACAUCCUGGCUGAGAGGGAGAGUGUGUAUCGACUGCUUCCUCAGACCACGCCGGAGAAUGUCAGUAAGAACCACGGUCAGUACAGCCUGGACCCUGGGACACGCUACCCAAACCUCAAUACACAGGUUAUUAACGCAUCUCAGGUAUGCCACCUCAUGGAUACAGACGAAGGGCCAAUUUUGGGUGUCGUCAUGGGACCUCCAUCAAAACGUACACAUAAAGACUCCACAGCUCGUUCCAGUGAACUCCUGAGCUGGUGCCAGGAGCAGACGCAGGCCUACAGGAGUGUGUGUGUGACUGACCUCACCACCUCGUGGAGAAGUGGACUAGCACUCUGCGCUCUUUUACACAGAUACAGACCUGACCUCAUCGAUUUCGAUUCUCUGGAUGAGAGCGAAGCCGUGCUGAACAACCAGUUAGCAAUGGCCAUAGCGGAACGCGAGUUGGGGAUCUCACCCAUCAUGACGGGUCAGGAGAUGAGCGUCCUGGAGGAGAGCGAUUCGCUCUGCAUGGUGAUGUACCUCAGCCAGCUUCAUGAUCUGCUCAAAGACACAGCGCCAGCCACUGAUCUAAGUGAGGAAGAACGAGCAGCUUUGAUGUGUAGCACCAAGUCUCCACUGUCUUUACUCAACAGGCUUGGACAGAGUCUGUCUCGCAAACGUAACCCCAAGGAAAAGAAAGAGACAGCUGCUGAUGGAGUUGGAAAGAGAAGAAGGACAAGUGAAGCUGAACAGUCCGAAGACGAGGAGGUUUUACCAGAUCAGAAUGAGGAACAGGUCCCAGCAGUGAGCCCUGGAUCUGAUCCAAGCACAGUGGCGGUUGCUGGUGGCAAUCAAAGCCUUGUCAAAUCAAUGGCGUCCCGGCUGCUGGCCAAGUUCGAAGAAAACGCAGCACAGCCUUCAACCAAUGCGAUGCGAAGACAGAAGUACAUUAAGAUGUAUACAGGGGGAGUGAGCUCACUGGCUGAGCAGAUAGCCAAUCAGUUGCAGAAUCAUCAAUCCAAACAUCUUCAUGACAAAAAGGAGCUGAGGAGAGAUUUCCCAGUGACUGUCGGCGGUAGUGAUGUGUGUUACUUCUGCUCCCGACGUGUCUACGUGAUGGAGAGAUUGAGUGCUGAGGGCAAGUUCUUCCACAGGAGCUGUUUCCAGUGCACCCACUGCAGCUCUACACUACGCCUCUCCAACUACGGCUAUGACGAGGUUCAAGGGAAGUUUUAUUGCAAGCAGCACUACGGAUACAGGCAGGCAGGAAUGGCUCCAAGGAAGAGACCAGCUCCGGUCACGGUGGCUCCUCACUCUACACAGGUACUGCAGGCAUCUUCUGCUCCCCCUCCCACUCCUCGGUCACUUUCCUCCUCUGGAUCAGCAGAAGUAGUCCCUCCCCCUGAAAUCGUCUCCUCCACCACUCCUCCUGACGUUCUGAGUGGACUUGCUAAGCGGCUGUGUGGGACCCCAGAGCGCAUCGCACUGGAAAACUGCAGGCCGUGUUUACAGGAGGAGGACAGCCCUCUGCUGGAAGUGCCUGAGGAGACGCUAGCUCAGCACAACCUCAGCCUGAGCCUGCAAGAGAAAGGGAGUGAAGAGCAGUCCAGUAGUUCAGAAUCAGAGCUGGAGGAAGAAGGGGAGGAGCUGUGGAGGAGGGGGGUGGAGCCACAGGCCUGGGCAGAUGGAGAGAAGGAGUUAGAUAGUGAAACAGAGCAAAAUAAGGAAGAAGAGAAAGGAAAGCAUGAGAAGGAGGCUGAAGAACAAGAAUGCGUUUCAGAAGGAGAAGAGGACGAAGGGGAGUCAAGUGAUGAGGGUGAAUACUGCCCUUGGGAUAAAGAGUUGCAUUUAGGGGUGUGGCUAAAGGAAGAGGAACCAGGUGGAAUUAAAGAGUCUGGUCAGGAACUCAUCGAUGACCCAGAGCUAAAACCUCUUUCAGACAGAAAGACUGAAUCUACUAGCUCUGAGCCCCUGGAGCAACCGCCCUCGUUAGACUUGCAAACCCAACACACACUGAUGGUAGACCCUACACACACCUAUACACCCACAUGCAACCCUCUUGUGACACCAGAGGACCCAACAGCCAAAAGAUCUGGGGUCAUUGAAGAAUUUUGGCAAAAAAGUGCCGAAAUCAGGAAGAGUUUGGGGCAAUCUGUGGUGCCUGAGACCUGUGAUCCUGACACCCAAUCCUCAGACACUGGAGAUCCUUUUGACACCUCUGCAUACAUAACAUCUAAUUCCAAUUUGCCUUUACACACUCCCUGUGAGAGUGACUCAAUCAACCAAACCUCAGGUACAAUAACUCAGAGUUCUGACACUAACAGUAAUCAGACCCCUUCAACAGCUGACCUACAAAAUGAAAACACACAUUUCCAAGGUACAUCCAAAUAUGGCAGCUUUCUCUUUCCCGAAGCAAGGAUUGUGUCUAUGAAGGAGGGAAAUGACCUAGAGGUAGUGGAAAGGGUAGAGGUUGUACAGCGUAUUUCAUUGGUCCAUAGGCUUGGACUCACUUUGGAGGGUCAGGUAGCGAAGGGAAUCGACUUGACCACUGCCUCCUUGCCCUCCAAGACCAGUGGAAUCCAAAGAUUUUCAGACCCAGAGUUAAGAUUUUCACUUCUUUCUAGGAGUCCUCCAGUAGCCAGACAGGAACUUGAUUUAAAUCACUCAGAUCCAAUUCUAAACAAGAAACAGUUGUUGAGUUCCUGUACUGUCCCUAUUCGAAAAGAGCUUGUAGAGCGUGACAGACUAAAAUCUCGCCUAAAUAGUGCUCAGAGUUUACCUCUCGCAGAGGUGGAGGUCUUAUAUGCAGGAGAGGCAGAUGAAUUGCAUCCUCAUCCUGCGAUGCCCCAUUACGCCAGUGUCACAGAAGCUCACGCAGCUAGCAUGCGAAGCAAAAACUUUGCGAAGGACAAGACUACACCGGAGGGGCAGAGGAAACUAACAGACCCCUUACAAGUUGCUGGGCCUAAAGCCUGCCAAGAGAGGUCAGAGAUUGAGACACUAGAGGAGGAGGAGAAGGUAAAGAAGCGGAGCUCACUGUUCUUGCCAAGAAAGAACCAAAAAAAUAGCAACCUCUCAGGGGGAACACAGCAGGAAAUGGGAAAACACAAAUCCUUGUGGAAGAGUGUUUUCUCAGGGUAUAAGAAAGAGAAAAAAAGAAAAGAGGCUGAAGGACGUUCCAGGACUUUACCGAACAAUGUCAGCCUGGAAAACAGGAAGAGAAUGCCUGCCGUUCGCAGAACAUCAGACCUGAGCUACUCUGAACAAACAGACGUGUGCUGCAGUGUUAUGUUAGACAUAUCUCCACUUAGAGUUCAGCUGAGUCAGGAGGUGUCUGACCUCAUCAGGUCAGAUGUUCUUAAAGAAACAAUCAAAGAGGAAGAGAAUGAAUUCGAGGAGCAAGAUAAGUCUGUUUACGUACCACAUGCAUUGGCAUUCAAGAGAGCAUACGCUAUUAAGAAACGGAGCAUGAAGUCGCAGGGAUUAGACAAGAAAGCAGGAACCCAGGAUGAGCUUGACGCCAAGCUUACCCGCAGAGUACAAAGAGCUGCACGCAGGCAGGCCAAGCAGGAGGAGCUGAAAAGACUUCAUCGUGCACAGAUAAUCCAGCGGCAGUUGGAGCAGGUGGAAAUGAAGCAGAAGCAGUUAGAGGAGAAGGGCAUUGCUGUGGAGAAGGCUCUCAGAGGAGAAGCUGUUGAGCCCUUUUGCGGUUCCCCUCGUAGGAGACCCAUCUCCCUCUGUCCUUGUUGUUCCCAAGAAGCUAGAGCCAAAGGCACGGAGCAUGACCACUCUUUUUACGUCUGUACAGUCUUUUUCCUUUACGUAGUCCACGAACCCCCACUCCGCCAGCUAAGAAUGGGAAAGAAGGACGAUCCCAGCCUGAUGCACCAGUGGUUUAAACUGGUCCAGGAGAAAAACGCACUGGUGCGCUACGAAUCAGAGCUCAUGAUAUUUGCACGAGAGCUGGAGCUGGAGGACAGACAGAGUCAUCUGCAGCAGGAGCUGAGGGAACGAAUGGCAGUGGAUGACCAUCUAAAGGAUGAGGAGGAGCUGACUGAGGAGAGGCGAAUCCUGGGUGAAAUGCUGGAUGUUGUAGAACAGAGGGAUUCUCUAGUGGGUCUUCUGGAGGAGCAGAGGCUGAAGGAGAGAGAGGAGGACAGCGACCUGGAGGCAGCCAUGUUGUCUAAGGGAUUCAGCCUGAAUUGGGCUUAAAACACACACACACACACACACACACACACACACACACACACACACACACACACAAUCGUGUAAUCUCUGCGUAAAAUAAACAAGAAGGAAGUGAACAUUGUACACUGGAUACUAAUUAGGAAAAGUCAACUACGACAUUUGGACCUACACCCAAAACGAAAUGUAUUUCUGCUGGGCCAUAUUUGCUUUGGCUCGAGUGUUAAAUAAUUUAAAAUAUUCUGUAUUAUCAGGCGCUUGGGCAAUUUUGCAAUGUAUAUACAGUAUACUGUGUAUUUAAAAGACAGGCAAGUCGAAGGAAAUUUGUCUCGUAAUAAUCUAAAGGGCAAAAAAUCAAAUAUAAGAAAGAUGAUGGCUUGCAAUGGAACAGUAUUACGCUAACUGCACUACGAUAAUAUGCAUACGUAACCCUUAAAUGCUGCUUUAGCUUUUUUUAAUUCUUAUAUUUUUCUUAGAUUGAUUUAUCGCAGAAGAGAAACGCAGAGAUUUUUAAGCGUAUUUGACUGAUUCUAUUUUUGUUGAUUGAUUAAAGACAGAGGUAAGGAAACGGACUUCGGUGUGAAAAGCCUGUGUGUAUGCGAUGGUUUAAAGAUGUUUUAACCGAUGCGUAAACUAAUGUAUCAUUUAUUUAUAGCAUUAUUUUAUUGUUUAACCGGAAUUGUUUUGCUAGCUUUUCAUGGCAAAGUAACACCAAAAACUGCUGUCUGUAAGAAUGUAUUAUUUUGCUGAAAUAAAUUGCACAAUAAUUUAUACACUUUCA